CAAAGCAAGAGGGGAGGAGGAAAUGGGGAGAAGGGAGGGCUGAUAAAGGCAGAACACAUCCUGAAAAGAUAAUCCCUGGGUAUAUGACAUCAUCCUCCUGCUUAUACAUAUAUAUAGGGGAUGGCCAGAGCAUCCCUCAUAUAGUUCACUCACUUUCAAAGCAAGCUGAAAGCUCCAGAGAAAGCCCCUGUCUGUUUCUGACUUUUACGGACUUGGCUUGCUAGAAGGCUGACAGAGAUGACGGCAGGACUGAAAAUCCAGCUGAUAUGCAUGCUAAUCCUAGCUUUCAGCUCCUGGAGUCUGUGCUCAGAUUCAGAAGAGGAAAUGAAAGCAUUAGAAGCAGAUUUAUUGGCCAAUAUGCAUACAUCAAAGAUCAGUAAAACAAAUGUUCCCUCAUGGAAAAUGAACCUGCUAAAUGUUUGCAGUUUUAUAAAAAAUGUGAACAGCCAACCCGAGGAAAUGGGAGAGGCCCGUGAAGAGGAGCUUGUUCCAAGAAGGAAGUAUCCUACUGCUCUAGACGAAUUUAGUUUGGAAGCAAUGCUGACCAUGUUCCAGCUCCAAAAAAUCUGUCGCAGCAGGAUCUUUCAACACUGGGAGUUAAUUCAGGAAGAUAUGCUUGACACUGGGAAUGAGAAAGAUGAGAAAGAAGAAGUCAUAAAGAGAAAAAUUCCUUACAUUCUGAAACGGCAGCUGUAUGAGAAUAAACCCAGAAGACCCUACAUACUCAAAAGAGGUUCUUACUAUUACUGACAGGAUACACAUUUUGUUUUCAUGUGAUUGUGAUUUAUCAUCCCCUAAUUGAAUAUCAAAUUAUAUUUGUGUGAAAAUGUGACAGAACAUGUU